CGGUCCACCCAGGGAGUCUAUCUCACACUUCCUGAGAAGGUUGAAGCACGUUUACUUCACGCUGGCCGAACCGCUCACCCUUGAACACUACAAGUCACAGUUUGACGAGGAGGACCCUUUCGACGCUGAAGACAUGGAGAAGCUGAGCGACUCCGAAACCUUCGAUUUCGAGUCCAUGCCACUUCCUCGGGUGGUUGGACAGGUUGGUGAUGAAGAGGAAGGUGGCCCUCGGAGAUAUAGCACGUCCCUUGCCGGUUUGAAGCGUGUGUWUCGGGGCGAACWAGUCGASGACCAAUCGUCUGAUGACGGGGAGGAAGAGAGAGACUAUGAUCACGAACCUUGUGACAGGCUCCCUGUGGACCAUGACAUCUGGCAGAAUGACAGACUCUACUUCUUCGGCAAGCAUCACCGGUUCACGUUGGAGGAUGUCUGGGGACACAACGUUGUCUGGCACCCGAGGAUAUUCCAACCUGCUGUGAGGAAUGGAAUAUGGGUCAUGGCGAUAAAGGAGGCCGAUGGCAAGUGGAGUGGACUCAAGAGACUGGGAGCGGCUGCAUUUAAGAGAAAGGCAAGAACUGCUCUGGUGGAGCAUUUGAGUCUCAUGAACCCGGAGAGGAAUGAUCUGGACGUUGAUGCGUAUGCAGAACAAAAGCUACAUGAGUUGUACGCCAACAACAUGUUGGAGUUUCGAGCGUUUUUCUACGCACUCGAAACGGCACCGUCUCGUGGCAUUGACUGGCGCAUGCCGCAACCUCCGCCGACCGGUCAGCAUCCGGGAGAGGGUGGUGGAGGAGACGAAGGAGACGGCAGAGGUGGCGGAGGAUACGGCUCACAGUUUGCCGGAAAGGGGACGGGCGAGACAUCGUCGGUAGAGAAGGCGUCCGUCGGAAAGGGGUCGGGCGGAAAGGGGUCGGGCGGGAAGGGGUCGGGCGGAAAGGGGUUGGGCGGAAAGCGUAAGACGUCCGGGACUCUCCAGUAUAUGGAAACUGACCCCCACUGCGUAGGGAGUCGAGAUUCCGACAUGCGAGACGAGGCUACCCUGAUGUCUGAUCAAGUGCGAGUAGAUUUGCACUUGUAUGCGAGGAGUUUGUUUUCCGUUGCCCAGGAGAGUCCAUCCCGCCGAUCGCAGCAGAGGUCUCCUGUGCUCAACACCUUGCUCCUGAAAGAGGGCGCGUCUUCGUUUUGCCUGGAGGGCGGGAUGCCUGCAUUGCGAAAGAGUGAAGGUGCGACCUCCGGUUCCCUCGGCUCAGGCGACCGCCACAAACUCCGAAUACAUUCGGAUUUGCUGACGUCGCCGUCCGCCAUAAGUGCUCCUCACGCAACAACUGGAGACUGGCGGUGUCGCGACGUGUUGGAGGGGCCCGCUCAAGGAAUGUUGGAGACCGGGGGUAGCGAGAACGAACGUCACACUCCUGGGGAAGACGAGCGCUCUCCGGGAACGCGUGCUGUACAUCGGGAAGAGAAGACUCAACGCUGGCAGUCUCGCAAAGUGUUAAAGACCGGGGGUAGCGAGUGUGAACGUCAUGCUUCGGAGGGUGCAUCCGUAGACACUGACAGCGAGAGUGCAGGAGCUCUGGGGGAAACGCAUGCUGUACAGCGGGGAGAGGAGACUCGACACGGGCCGGCUUGUGAAGACGUGAAGUGGCUCCACGCACGAGCGUUGGUGAUCGGGACGUCUGAAGAGGUUCUGCACAGUCGCUCAGCUGUGGCCAUGACGCGAGAGGGUGUUGUUAAGGGAGGUCAGUGGACGUCCGUGCAAGCUCCCGUUCUUGGCGACGAUGAAGACGGAGAAGAACCUGCGGUGAAAGCUCGGGUUCAUGGCGAUGAGAAAGGCGGAGAACUUGUGGUGGAAGGCGGCGAGGUGACUGUCGACAUCCGGACGGAUCCACAGCGGAAAGAUGGUGAUUCUUCGCCCAUCCGUUCCGGUGAAGAACAGGGUAGUCGAGCGUCUGUCCUGAGCACUGCUCGGGGAAUGGUGCUUCAUGAAGCCAUACAGUUGGGUAACGACUCGGCAGCCACCGAGAUGGUUAGCGACUCAGGCGCGGCCGAGAUGCAGAACGUUGAGGUGGCCGUCAGCAUCAAGAUGGAUCUAGAGCGGAAAGAUCAUGAUUCUCCAUCCACCCGUUGCGGUGCCGAGCAGGGUGAUCGAGCAUCUGUCCUCAACACCGGUUGGGAAAUGGUGCUUCAUGAAGUCAUCGACUUGCCAAGCGACUCAGCUGCCACCGAGCUGGUUAGCGACACAUCCGUGGCCGAGGUCCAGAACCUCGAAUCGUCCGUGGACGUGGACACUGUGGCGCGAUAGGAGGGCGAGUUCCCUCAAAGGGCUCCCGAGCACGGUAAGC